AUGUUCUCAGCAUCACCAUACAUUGGUAAACAAAAGUGGAUAUUGGAUAUUGGAAGUAUUAGCGUCAUUGGAAUUAUUACGUUCUUGUAUAAAUCUCACAAUGCCUACUCUAGCAUAAAGCAAGUCAUAUUCAGUGGAAAAUAUAUGGGAAUGUCGGUCUGUCUUAAAAAACCUUCAUAUAGUGGCGGCUUAUACACAACAGGAUUUCUUGUAGACGGCGGUUAUUUGUCCGAAAAAAUCAAAGACGUUGAUGAUCCCAAUUGUAUUAUGUGUGACUUGCUAGAAUACAGUUUUCCAAUUAUAAGAAUAUGGGAAGCGCACUUUUGUCUGGUCUUUGAUGAAGUGGGCUUCAUACCGAGCCGCAUAACGACUAUAAUAUAUUCAAAAUCAGAACCACAAAAGCGGAAGAAGUAG